AUGUGUCGCGUAGCAAUAGUUGUUUUCACCAAAACCUACGCUGAAUCUGCUUGGUGUCUUCAUGAGCUUCAACAAAUCAUCAAAUGGCACGAUACUUAUUGCCGACACGUUCUGCCUGUAUAUUACGAAAUUCAGCCAUCUGAUGUACGCCUUCAGAAGGGUGAUUUUGGAAAAUCCUUGAAAGCAACCGCAAAACAAACAUUUUCAGGACAACAAGUGGAAGAUGCCUUGUCCAGGUGGAGCCGUGCACUCACCAAAGCAGCAAAUUUCUUUGGAUGGGAUGAGAGCAAUUACAGGAGUGAUGCUGACCUAGUGGACAAAAUUGUUAAGAGCGUUCUUAAUUUACCAGUCUUGUCUGCUACUAAAUUUCCAGUUGGAUUGCAGUUCCACGUGGAAAAUGUGACCCGAAUGAUUGAAAAUAAAUCCACCGAAGUCAGUAUCAUAGGGAUAUGGGGAAUGCGAGGAUUGGGUAAAACGACCCUUGUCAAAUCUAUAAAGAGCGUUGCGAUGGGAGCAAGUAUGAUUCAGGAAAGAUUUUCUGGGAAAAGGGUGCUCAUUGUACUUAAUGAUGCCAAUCCAUUUCGCCCAUUGGAAGACCUAUGUCGAAAUAGUAAAUGGUUUGGUCAAGGAACUGUGAUAAUCAUUACAACUAGAGACGUUAACCUACUGGACGGAUUCAAUGUUAAUUAUGUUUAUAAAAUGAGUAAUAUGAACGAAAAUGAUUCCCUUGAGCUUUUUAGUUGGCAUGCUUUUAGAGAAGAAAAACCAAUAGAAGAUUUCAAUGGGCUUGCAAAAAAGGUAGUUGCUAAUUGUGGAGGACUACCAUUAGCUCUUGAGGUCCUUGGUUCUUAUUUAAGUGAGAGGACAAAGAAAGAGUGGAAAAUUGUUUUGUCAAAACUAGAAAUAAUUCCCAAUAUUCAAGUUAAAGAGAAAUUGAGAAUAUGUUUAGACGGUUUGGGCGGUGACAUGGAAAAGGAUAUAUUUCUUGAUGUAUGUUGUUUCUUUAUUGGUAAAGACAGAGGCUAUGUUACAGAGAUACUGAAUGGCUGUGGACUACAUGCUGAUAAAGGAAUAACAGUUCUCAUAGAACGUGGCCUCCUCAAAGUUGAAAAGAACAAUAAGCUCGGCAUGCAUCAUUUGUUGCGAGACAUGGGAAUAGAUAUUAUUCUUGGAAGUUCAACUACGGAACGUGAGAAGCGCAACCGACUAUGGUUUACUGAGGAUGCAACAUUUUUAUUGACAAAGAAUAUGGGAUCAGAAGCCAUUCAGGGAUGGGUUCUGAAGUCACCAUUACCCAUCGAAUCUUCGUUGGAAAUUUGUGCUUUCAAGGACAAGCUGAUAUUGGGACUGCUUGACUCUCUACUAAUCACUGGAGACUAUCCCAACCUUUCUAAGCAACUAAGUAAUCUUCGACGAGUCUGGAAAGAACCACGGGUUUUAGGGUGGCUAAAAUUCCUCAAUCUAAGUCACUCCAAGUACUUGAAAGAAUCACCUAAUUUUUCGGGACUACCAAGUCUUGAACAGCUCAUUCUCAAAGAUUGUCCAAGAUUGUGCAAGGUACACCAAUCCAUAGGAGAUCUCUGCAAUCUUCUACUGAUAAAUUUGAAGGACUGUAUAAGUCUUAGCAAUCUCCCCAAAGAGGUAUAUAAGCUGAAGUCUUUAAAAACUCUCAUCCUGUCUGGUUGUGCCAAGAUUGACAUUUUGGAAGAAGAUAUAGUGCAGAUGGAAUCCUUGAUAACACUAAUUGCUGAAUAUAAAGCAGUGAAACAAGUGCCCUUUUCAAUUGUAAGCUCAAAAUGCAUUGGAUAUAUAUCCUUAAGUGGAUUUGAAGGAUUGUCACACAAUAUUUUUCCUUCUAUCAUUCGGUCUUGGAUGUCACCAACAAUGAAUCUCCUAUCUUACAUUAACCCGUUUUGUGUGGAUAUGGAGAAUAAUAAUUGGCGUGAGCUUGCGCCAUUGUUUAGCAACCUUGCAAAUCUUCGAAGUAUUUCUGUUCAAUGUGACACGGAGCUUCAACUGUCUAAGCAAGUAAAAUCAAUUCUUGUCGAAUACAGAGCAGAAUUUAAAGAAUUAAGUAUUUCAAAGCCUCACGUGUGGUUUUCUUUGCUUGGUCGUGGACGUUACAAUGAAUUCUUCAACACUCUCAGUGAUAGCAUAUCUGAGGUUCCUUCUCUAGCUUCUACCUUUGUGUACUUACCUUCACCAUUCAUUUUAGCUUUAAAAGAGCAUGGAAUUAAUGGUCCUAAUAAAGUAUCUAAAAGAAACUACAAUACUCCCGUUUUUGCACCUAUCGCUUUUAUAGGAUUGGCAAGGAGUGAGUCUUCUGAUGUUUGUCUUCCAGGUGAUCCUCAUUUGUUGGCUCAUGUGGGUGAGGGACAUUCAGUUUGUUUCACUCUGCCUCAGGACUGUGACUUGAAGGGAAUGGCUUUGUGUGUUGUUUAUUUAUCAACCCCUGAAAACAUGGCAACUGAAUGUCUUACAAGUGUCUUAAUUGUUAACUACACAAAGUGCACAUUCCAGGUACACAAGCAUGGGACAGUAAUUUGCUUUAAUGACAUAGAUUGGGAGGGCAUAAUAUCAAAUUUAAAAUCUGGGGACAAGGUGGAGAUUUUUGUGACUCUUGCUCAUGGAUUGGUGGUCAAGAACACAGCUGUCUAUCUGAAAUAUGGUGAAUCAAAGAAAAAUGCCCCCCAUAAAUUCAAAAAGAAAAUUGUAAGGUGUGACUUCUAG